AUGAAGUACUUGUACACGGCAGCAACGCUGCUUGCAGCCACCGUUUCCGCCGACUUGUGCGCUCACGGUAGCACUGAUGUCGAUGGCAACUGGUACUGCCAGGAGGUCAAGGCUAUCACCUACACCGGUGUUGGUGGCGAAGGCUCCUACAACAAGGUCACAAGCAUGGCCAAUGGAGCAUGCGGCAGCACCCCACACGCAUAUAACGGCACCCUGUCGCCGUUUGACGAGGAAGUCUCUCUGCACUUCCGUGGACCACUCGAGCUCAAGCAGUUCGCCUUCUACGCACCUGCCGCCGCCGCUCCCUCCUACAGCAAAGAGAAGAGGACUGUUGGCCGCCGCAGCGCCAUUGAAAGACGUCACGGCCACGCUCACGGCCAUGCGCACGCUCACCUGCACCACGCCCGUGAUGAGGAGAAGCGCACCCCCGCGCUCGGCGAGAUGGUCACUGCAGUCAUCAACGGCGUGACCCAGACAUGGAAGAACACCUACGAUGGCGGCGCUGCCGCUCCCAAGGAAGGCUCACCGGCGGCAUCUCCCCCAAGCUACGGUGGUGCAUCUGCUGGCUCUGCCGCAGCGCCUCAUAGCUAUGGCGGCGCCUCAUCCUCCUCGACAUCGAAAAAGCCAACCACUUCUUCGUCCGGCAACGACGAUGACGAUUCAAGCAGCAGCGGCGGCACUGGCUGGACUCGCCAGGGCUACUACAACGCCGAGGCCGGCACUUCUGAUGGCAUUGUCUUCCUCAACCACGAGGGUGGUUCCGGCUCCGGUGUCUUCGACUACAGCUUCGGCAACUCGCUCUCCUACUCCAGCGCCGACGGCAAGUCGGGUGCUUCUGCCCCAACCACUCUUGCGAACUGCCAACUGGCCUCCGACACCGAAGUCGUGAUCAUGACUGACGACAAGUGCAAUGCCGAGGACGGCAGCUGUGGCUUCUACCGUGACGGCACUGUCGCCUACCACGGCUUCGACGGCCCAAGCAAGGCUUUCUUCUUCGAGUUCAGCAUGCCCGACGACGGCACCACCGCCGCCAACAAGUACGACCCGACCAACAUGCCCGCCAUCUGGCUCCUCAACGCUCAGAUCCCACGUACUCUCCAGUACGGUAACGCCGAGUGCUCAUGCUGGACCACCGGCUGCGGUGAAUUCGACAUUUUCGAGGUCCUCGCACCAGGUGACAAGCGCUGCAAGUCGACCCUCCACGGUAACAUCGCCGGUGGCGACAGCGACUACUUCGCUCGCCCAACCAGCGGCACCAUCAAGGCUGCCCUCCUCCUCUACAAGGACAACAUCCACAUCAAGAUUCUGGAUGACAGCACUGACUUUGGCAAGACGAUGGGCGACAGCUUCAUCAACGAGAUUUGCCAGGAUACCCUUGCGGACAGCUUGGAGGGCCUUGUCUCCCUUUUCAAGCUCGGCUCAUAA